UUUUUUUUUUCUGUCUUUCCCUGGGAAGGAAAAGAUAUAGAAUUUUUAGGUUGCUUUCUUUCCGUGAUCGGUUAGUUUUCCGGCGACGAGAUGUCGACGACAAAUAUGAACAACCCUUUGACCGUCGCGUCGAUCCCGGCGGGACCCACCACAACGCGCCGCCGGGUCGGCGAUUCGCAGGACUUUGCCUCUGAGCGACCCUCCAACUCGUCCGAUUACUGCAACGUAGUCAACAUCUCCGGCGUCGGUGGCGGAGGAGGAGUGAGCAACGUCGUCAUUUCGACGGAUUUGGACGGCGGAGAAGUCGGCGAGCAAGGCGGCGCGUGCCCAUCACCUGCCUCCUCCGCAGGAUCUUCGUCGAGUGGGUCCCACCACCACCACGACCACUACCACCAGUUCCACCACCACCCCGCGAUCCGAUAUCUGCUCCUCCGGAAAAUAUGGCUUCCAUUCUUAGGCGGCGGAGGAUUGACGGCUGCGAUCGGGCAAGGGUUCAGAUCAGGGAGGAACGUGGGGCGUCGGAUCUUGGCCCUCCUCAUGGCUCUGGUGGUCGCUUCGGUGUUCCUCAAGGUCUCGUUCAUGGGUGGGCGCGUGGAGGACAACGCGCACAGGGGUGACUUGAACGAGUUCGUCUUCGUACGGACGUUCCGUGAAGAUUGGUCGAUGGCCCAACGAGCUUUGGCCGAAAACGAAGCUUCUUCCGAGCCAAUGCGUGUCCUCGAGAGAUUGCCCGUUCCAGAAAUAUGGCAGAAACCAGAGAGCGGAAAUUAUCGCCAAUGUGUAGCACGUCCCAAGAACCGAACAAGGCUGCGCCGGAAAACUAAUGGGUAUCUUCUAGUACAUGCUAAUGGCGGACUGAAUCAAAUGAGAACAGGGAUAUGCGACAUGGUUGCUGUGGCCAAGGUUAUGAAUGCAACUCUUGUUCUUCCUCUCCUCGAUCACGAGUCUUUCUGGACUGAUCCGAGCACCUUCAAAGAUAUUUUCGAUUGGAGACACUUCAUGAACGUGAUGAAAGAAGAGGUCGACAUUGUUGAGUACUUGCCUCCUCGCUACGCUGCAAUGAAGGCUCUUCUCAAAGCUCCGGUUUCUUGGUCAAAGGCUAGUUACUACAGAAGCGAGAUGCUGCCAUUGUUGAAACGACACAAGGUGAUAAAGUUCACACACACUGAUUCUCGGCUGGCUAACAAUGGCUUGCCCCCAUCGAUCCAACGGCUGAGAUGCCGUGCUAAUUACCAGGCUCUUAGGUAUACCAAGGAGAUUGAAGAUCUCGGGGAGGUUCUGGUUAACCGGUUAAGAAACAACACUGAGCCGUACAUUGCCCUGCAUUUGAGAUAUGAGAAAGAUAUGCUCGCCUUUACAGGCUGCAGCCAUAACCUUACGGGUGAAGAAGCCGAGGAACUGAGAAUAAUGAGGUACGGUGUUAAACAUUGGAAGGAGAAAGAGAUUGACAGCAGGGAGAGACGGGCCCAGGGCGGGUGUCCAAUGUCUCCACGAGAGGCAGCCAUGUUUCUAAAAGCCAUGGGUUACCCAUCCUCCACAACUAUAUACAUAGUUGCCGGUGAAAUAUAUGGAAGAAACAGUAUGGACGCUUUCCGUGCAGAAUACCCUAACGUAUUCUCACAUUCAACUCUAGCAACCGAAGAAGAGUUAGAGCCUUUUAGACCAUACCAGAACCGCCUUGCUGCACUGGAUUACAUUGUUGCUCUGGAAAGUGACGUUUUUGUGUAUACAUACGACGGGAAUAUGGCUAAGGCGGUACAAGGGCAUCGGAGGUUUGAAGGGUUUAGGAAGACGAUCAAUCCAGACAGGCUAAAUUUUGUUAGACUAAUAGAUCAUUUCGACGAGGGUGUGAUGUCUUGGGAAGAUUUUUCUUCUGAGGUGAAGAGAUUGCAUAGAGACAGGAUCGGAGCUCCAUACCUGAGAAGGCCCGGAGAAUUCCCUCGGCUAGAAGAGAAUUUCUAUGCAAACCCACAACCCGACUGCAUCUGUAAUGGGUCUCAAGCAAAUCAGAUAUGGAGAUCUAGUCUAAGAACAGAAUCAAGGAGAUGGAAGAGAAGUGCUUCGAGAUAGUGCUGAGGAGUACACUGUGUUUCAGCCAGUGUUCAUCAAGAUCUUUGUCAGUUCAGCUUUGUGUUCUUGUUUGCUACUGAAGAAUGAUGAUCUGCAGCAUGGGAACACGCUGAACACAUUGAGUCAAGAUUUCAGUCUUGUACCAUAAUAGGAAGAAACUACCCGGUUUCUUGGAAGAUUUAGAACAGUUUGUAGCAUCGUUUUCUCCAUACAGGAUGGACCCUGACAAGAUUCUGCAUUGAAAACCGACAUUGGAAAUCCAAAAGGGUAAAGCAGAAAGGAUCGAAUCCUCAGAUAGAUUCCAGGGUCAAACGGCAAGCACCAUUCUUUUUGCUCAUCAUUCUUUUCCUCACAUUGUUGUUGUCAGUAUAACUCAGAGCUGAUUGUACAUUUGGACAUGAAUUUGGAAAUGGUGUUAUACAUCGUACCUACCCAGUACCCA